CAACAGUUCUAUUCCUUGGCAGAUGCGUUGAUACCCCUUCUGAUACGUUUGCAUGUGAAGCAAAAAGAAGCUCAAUCCCUGCUUCAUGCAGCGCAGCAGCUUGUUCCCCGCAUUUCCCAUUCCGCCGAUGAAGCGCCACGACAUGCAACCCAGCCAAGCCAACAGUCAAACAUGAGCGACGCCAGAAAGUUCCGCCGACACACAACAGCUCCUCAUCCCAUGUCUUGGCCAUUGGCAAAGUCAUGCAUCCACUUCCUUGUCAGUCUUUUUAUUAUUAUUAUGGGAUUCCUGGCGAAUCGUCUGAUAGACACGCAAUUCGGAGCAAAGGAUGCUGAGCUGUCAAAGCAGUCGCGUGCUCUCGACGCGAUGCAGGAAAUUACGAAAACAACCCGGCGGAACGGUCCGGCUUUACAUGUGCUUUUACGACGAACCCAUACAGAUCGAACGUGAUCUCACGAGAUCAUAGACCGAUUGCCCGAAACAGCAAAUCCCUCAAGUUGCAGCUGUGACUCCUCCCGGCGCCUCGGC